AUGAUUGUAUGUCAAGAAGGUGGUGGAGCACGUGAAAGAAAUCGACCGAAACCGGAUGCAGCCACUCCGUCUGUAACAAACAAUGCUGUCGGGCGGCCGUUUCAGUGUGCAGACUGCUCCGCCGAUGAUCCUCAAUGGGCUUCCUUGAACAAAGGCGUUCUAAUUUGUUCCGAGUGCUGCUAUGUCCACAGGAAUCUCGGGCGUCAUGUUAGCAAUGUACGUUCGAUCAAAAAAGGUGCGUGGAACAGCAGCCAGCUGGAGCUGAUGUAUAUUUUAUAUUCGAAUGGUUCCAAUAACAUUUGGGAGCAUUCGCUGCUUGAUCCACAGUGUGCCAAUAAAAUUCGCAGGAAACCGUCGCCGCAGUGA